AUGAUCUGGAGCAUAGUGAAACGCUUCCUGAUUGCAACAAAAACCCCUAUUGAUACAGUUCAAUGUCCUAGACAUUGCGAGGACCUUCCCAAGGACAACGUUGAAGAUGCUGAGCACACAUAUCCAGGUUUAGAGAACAUAACAGUGAUUUCGAUGCUGAAAGGCAACCUCAUUGUUCCAGUAAGCUCAUAUUCGUCUAACAAAGUCCUUACCAUUGUCCUAAAGCACAAGUCCUUGUCCCUUGUGGGCUUAAGGCAAAACCAAUCACAAUCCAGUGAUAAGUCCACAUCUAUUGCAGGCUGGUGGCACACUGAUGAUCUACCAGGACGUAGUGCAAAGGGUGAAAUGCAUGCAAACCACACCCAGGAUGAGACCAGCGUUAAGCUUUUCACCAGCAAAGUCUCAGGAAAGAACCAUCAGAUUGCAGUCGAGGAAUCGAGCAAUCAUGCAAGUGAACAAUUAGUACGUACAAGAGACAAGAAAGACACAAGCAAGCUUGCAUACCAGGACGAAAAGGAUCCAUUGAACCCCUUGCAUUGCCAGGAGGUAAGACCUCAAUCACAGAAGAUUGGAGGCAUCCUGAAGACCUGA